AUGCAGCCGCCCCCGCUGCCGGUGCCCGGGCCCCUGGCCCUGCUGGACACCACAGAAGGGUUUGGGAGAAGAAAGAAGACUUCCCUCUGGUUUGUGGGGUCACUGCUUGUGGUGUCUGUCUUCAUCCUGACCAUCGGCCUCGCUGCCACCACCAGGACGGAGAAUGUGACCGUGGGGGGCUACUACCCAGGGAUCAUUCUGGGCUUUGGAUCUUUCUUAGGAAUUAUUGGCAUCAACCUGGUGGAGAAUCGAAGGCAAAUGCUGGUGGCAGCCAUUGUGUUUAUCAGCUUCGGCGUGGUGGCCGCCUUCUGCUGUGCCAUCGUGGACGGCGUGUUUGCCGCUCGGCACAUAGAGACAAGACCCCUCACCACGGGAAGAUGCCAGUUCUACUCCAGUGGGGUGGGAUACUUGCCCGACGUCUACCAGACGGAGGUUACCUGUCACUCCCUGAAUGGCAAGUGCCAGCUGAAGGUGAAGAGCAACACCUGCUAUUGCUGUGACCUCUACAACUGCCAAAGCACCGAGUACUCUCCCACCUACUACGAGUUCGUGGGCGUGAGCGGCUGCCACGACGUGCUCCACCUCUACCGGCUGCUCUGGGCCUCGAUGGUGCUCAACGUGCUGGGCCUGUUCCUGGGCAUCGUCACGGCGGCGGUGCUGGGGGCCUUCAAGGACAUGGUCCCUCUGUCCCAGCUGGCCUACAGACCCUCCGCUCCACCUCAGAUCCUCUACAACCCCGCCCAGCAGAUCCUGGCCUACUCCGGCUUCUGCCCAGCACCGGCAACCCUCCCCACCUGCUCGUCCUACCCUCUGCCUCUCCAGCCGUCCAGCAGCUUCCCAGCCUCGUCCUCCACUGACCUCUCUCUGUCUGAGGACACGCAGCCUCCGUCCCAGUCCAGCUCCAGCUUCGGGCUCCCGCCCAACGCCCCGCCUCUCUAUGCUCCAGCCCCUUUCCUCCCCGGCGAGAAGCCUCCCCCCUACGCCCCAUGA